CGGGACAUCUGCAAGUGUUUCCGGUGAGGCUGCUGCCUGCCGAGUUCGGAGCUCUGAGCUCCAAACUUCUGCAGAAAAUGUUUUAUCACAUUUCCCUAGAGCACGAGAUUCUGCUGCACCCACGCUACUUCGGUCCCAACUUACUGAACACGGUGAAGCAGAAGCUCUUCACCGAGGUGGAGGGGACCUGCACUGGGAAGUAUGGUUUUGUCAUUGCUGUCACCACCAUCGACAAUAUUGGUGCUGGUGUGAUCCAGCCAGGACGAGGUUUUGUUCUUUAUCCAGUUAAGUACAAGGCUAUUGUUUUCCGGCCCUUUAAAGGUGAGGUGGUGGACGCUGUGGUCACUCAAGUCAACAAGGUUGGACUUUUCACAGAAAUUGGGCCUAUGUCUUGCUUCAUCUCUAGACAUUCCAUCCCAUCGGAGAUGGAGUUCGACCCGAACUCCAACCCACCUUGUUACAAGACAAUGGAUGAGGACAUUGUGAUUCAGCAGGAUGAUGAGAUCCGCCUGAAGAUUGUGGGUACACGUGUGGACAAGAAUGACAUUUUUGCUAUUGGCUCUCUGAUGGAUGAUUACCUGGGACUCGUGAGCUGAGUAAGGGAGCCUCCAGCCUUGUUUGGUCCUGAUUUAGAGAACGUGACUUUCCUGCUUGAGACAUUGUCUAGAGGUUCAGUCUGUCCACUGUUACGGAGGCAAGGAAGAUCUCUUGCCCACAGAAGGCUGUGGGUACUUCCUCCAGCUGAGCUGUGUUUUCAAGACUUUUUACUCUAUGUUCUAACCAUAAAAGGUCUUUGGUUCUCAUGGAAAUGUUGUCUUCUCUUGGUCGGAAUAAGAACUUUAGUAUUGUUAUUUAUUUGCUUUUGAGAUGGGUUCUCAAACCUGUACUAACCCGGAACCACUGUGUAUCCUAGGCCGUCUUUGAAUUCCAAGUGUAAGGACUACAGGUAUACAAGAUCAUUCCUGUUUAUUUUUAGGGCUAUGAGCCCAGCUGCUCAAAAACUGCAUCUUACAUAAUAUGGUCCCAGUGUUAAUUGUGUUGAGGUUCAGAAAUUAAAGAGCCGAUGCUGCUUGG